GCAGACUAUGCAAGGAAUGGGCCAAUCCCUGAUGGUGUCAAUCUUGGAGUCCUCUAUUGCAACAUGAUCCUUGAAGAUUGUAUACCCAAGGUAGUUCAACUUUUCCUUGUAGAACUUGCAUUUUUUGGGUUUGAGAUAGAGAUUGUUGUUGCAUAA